UAGGGCGGUUGCUGCUACUGCUGUUGCUGCUGCUAGUGAGGAGCCCUCUCGCUCCUCCCCCCCCCCGCCCGUCCGAGCUGGUUCUCUCCUGGCUGCUGCUGCUGCCGCCGGCUGUUUUUUCUCCCGCCGCUCCUCCUCGGCCUGAGAGAGCGACGUGACGCUUCGCUUUGACACAUCAACAAGCAGGAAGCUUAUUCCAAAGCCCUGGGGCAGCCACAGUGAAAGCCUGGUCCUAAGUCGCCACCAAACGAGCCGGACGUCUCCAGAAGAUUAUAACAGGUGGCAGAGAUUAUGACAAAGGAGGCGCUCUCUCAAAUAGCCUGGACCCAAGCCAUUAAGGGCUUUAUAGGAUUUCAGAUCACAAUAGCAGAGAAGUUGAAUUUGGAAACAUUCUACGUGACUUAUAAACUUCCCAUAUCUUGAGUUUUUACCAUUGUUGGGAAGAUUUGUUUGCUUUGCUUUUAAGCCUUGUAAUCCUUCAGGGAAUGCACCAUGACAUCUGCAGUAGUUGACAGUGGAGGUUCUGGCCAGGAGUUUGACAGCAAUGGAGUACAAAUUCAAGGCAAGGAGAAUGAGUCCGUCUCUGAAUACCCAGCAGUGAUUGUAGAGCCAGUGCCAAGUGCCAGAGUAGAACAAGGAUAUGCUGCCCAGAUAUUUGUGUAUGAUGAUGAAACUUACCUGCUGCAAGAUGUUGCAGAAGAGCAAGAAAUCGAGACUGAAACUGUGAGAACAGUGGAAGCAUCAGUUCAUGGCAGCAAUGUGCACUGUUCAGAUAAGACAAUUGAAGCAGCAGAAGCCCUGCUUCAUAUGGAAUCUCCGACCUGCUUAAGAGAUGCUAGAACUCCUGUGGAAGUUUUUGUCCCACCUUGUGUGUCGACUCCGGAGUUCAUCCAUGCUGCGAUGAGACCUGAUGUGAUUACAGAAACAGUAGUAGAGGUAUCAACUGAGGAGUCUGAACCAAUGGAUGCAUCUCCAAUACCAACAUCUCCAGAAAUUCAUGAGCCAAUGAAAAAAAAGAAAGCUGGCCGUAAACCAAAAGCCCAAACACCAUCAACCAUUUCCAGUGCAUCGCCGGAUUUGGGUAUAAAGAAGAAGCCAAGAGAAGGCAAAGGAAAUACCACCUACUUGUGGGAAUUUCUUCUAGAUCUGCUUCAGGACAAAAACACUUGUCCUCGAUAUAUCAAAUGGACUCAGCGGGAGAAAGGCAUCUUUAAGCUUGUGGACUCAAAAGCAGUCUCCAAACUCUGGGGGAAACACAAGAACAAGCCUGACAUGAACUAUGAAACAAUGGGAAGGGCUCUCAGAUACUACUAUCAAAGAGGAAUUUUGGCCAAAGUGGAAGGGCAGAGGCUUGUAUAUCAGUUUAAGGAGAUGCCCAAAAACAUUGUGGUUAUUGACGACAAGAGUGAAUGUGGUGGUGAAGAUUUAGUAAUGUCUACAGAUGAGAAAUCAUUGGAACGAGUGUCAUUGUCGGCAGAAAGCCUCUUGAAAGCGGCAACCUCUGCUCGCGCAGGAAAAAGUGCUUCUCAGUUGAACUGCACCAGAGCAGAGAAGCCAGUUACGAGGGUGGUGAAUAUCACAUCACCAGGACAUGAAAUGUCAUCUUGUUCUCCCACCACUGUUCCAGCAACGACAGCUCCCAGAACUGUUCGUGUGGCCAUGCAAGUGCCUGUUGUAAUGACAUCUCUGGGACAGAAAAUAUCUACUGUUGCAGUGCAGUCAGUAAAUGCAGGGUCACCAUUGAUUACCAACACUAGCCCGACGACUGCAACAUCACCAAAGGUAGUAAUCCAGACAAUCCCUACAGUGAUGCCAGCAUCUGCUGAAAAUGGAGAGAAAAUUACCAUGCAGCCUGCAAAAAUCAUUACUAUCCCUGCUACACAACUUGCACAGUGCCAGCUGCAAACAAAAACUGGUCUUCCUGGGACAGGAAGUAUUAACCUAGUUGGAACACCACUAGCUGUGAGAGCACUUACUCCCGUGUCCAUAGCCCAUGGGACACCAGUGAUGCGAUUCUCCAUGCCUGCUCAGCAGGCAGGUAGCCAUACUCCUCCCAGAGUAAUUAGCGCAGUUAUAAAAGGGCCAGAAGUCAAAUCUGAAGCCGUGGCUUUAAAGCAGGAACGGGAGGUUAAGACACUUCAGCUUGUGCAAGAAGAAAAGCCAGCAGAUGGAACCAAGACAGUUACCCACGUAGUCGUCGUCAGUACACCCUCAGCCAUUGCCCUCCCCGUGACCAUGAAAACGGAGGGAAUCGUGACAUGCGAGAAAUGAAGAGGCAGCUAUGGACAUGAAUUGCAUAGACCAUUGUGAAAUUAAGCAAACUGACAUGUUUAGGGAGGCAGGGACACAAUCAAGAAGUAAAAACAGUUUUGGUUUUUUUAAAAAAAAUGCUAAUAGUUAUUCAUAUAUCUGAAGCUUACUGGAAGCAAAUUAAUGUCCCAUGUUUCAGUGGGAAUUGGAACCACAUCCACAUACUGACACAACUGCCUCUUGCAAAUGGGGGAAACGACUAAGCUGAUGAAGAAGGAAGAUUGAAGAUUCCAGGCACGGAAGGGGGCUCAAGAGUCUCAUUGCAUUAUCCAGUUACACUAAGACAUGGAACACUAAGCUGGUUCUGUGAGGGGUUCUUGGUUUCUGUGUAUGGGGAGUCAGAAGAGUCUCACUGUUACAAUAGACAAAUCUGAUGCAUUUCAAUGCGCAUACCAGCAAUUAUUACUGUGUACUCACAGUAUCCAACUGGUGCUAUGUGAAAAAAAAACCUCUGCUACUAGGUAUUCUAGAAUGUGAAUUAAAGGAGAGGGUUAAGGAGCUUCUAAAAGAAGAUGGAGACCUAGAGGGACUUUUGUAUCAUACAGCUUAAGCAGAUGUAAAAUGAAAGCCUUAGACUGAUUUUCAGUUGUUUUUCCUUGAAAUAAGCUAAUGGCUUGUUUGUGUAAAGCAUUUUUUAUUAAAACAAUUUUUAAAAAAUCUUAUACCUAGCACAGUAUUGUUAUAGAAUUACAUGUAACAUAUUUUGUAUGGUAGUUAAGUCUGUCAGUUUCUUAAUUGUGGACAAAGUGGCAACAGGGUUGUGUCAGCCUUUUGCUGCGCCACACCUGGGGCACACACUUCGCCCUCGACAUCUGUGCAUACAUUUCAAUUUCAGCUUCUACUCUGUCACUUGAAAGGUCACGCUUGGCACGAACUCUUGUCAGGUAGUUAAAAGCCUGUACAUUUUUUUUAGUUGAAGUUAGAGAGAAGUACCAGUGUUCAGAAUGAACUAUAAUAGUUUGUAUAUUCAACAUUUAAAGUAUAUUCUAUUUUGUUGUACUCUUGUUUCAAAGUGUAUUCAAGUAGGUUUUACUGAAAUACAGAAAUGAAAUUUAA